AUGCGUUGGCAGCCUCCAGAUUUAGAAGCUGAUUGUCCACCUGAAACCAACAUCACAGCUUGCGAACCUUUUGGAUUUCUAUUCUUGAAUAUCGUUGCGAGUUUAUACGGAGGCUCCAAGGAUUUCAGAAUUCAAACGGGAAAUGAGUUUUUAGAUUAUGGAGGGAGGAUAAUGUUAGAUAUUGAAAAUUAUAAUCAUGAUAAAGAAGUAGAAGGUGAGGAGUACAAUGUAAUAGCAUUAGAAGAGUACGACUUUAUAGUUGUUGGUGCGGGGACAGCUGGGUGUGUUGUGGCGAGCAGACUAUCUGAAAUCACGGAUUGGAAGGUGUUACUCCUAGAAGCAGGUCCUGAAGCGCCAGACGUGACGCUAGUACCAGCUCUGAGUGAGACCAUGGUGGGGUCCAGCAUCGACUGGCGGUACCAGACAGAACCAGACCCCCGCGCCUGCCUCGCUAGGAAAGAUCGCAGAUGUAAUUGGGCAAGGGGUAAAGUGAUGGGUGGUACUGGAUCCUUGAACUCCAUGAUGUACCUGCGAGGACACCCAGUAGACUUCGACGACUGGGCCGCUGCAGGCAACGUUGGCUGGAGUUACGAAGAGGUGCUGCCUUACUUCAAGAAAUCCGAAAGAAACCUGAACAAAGAAGCUAACAACCAUAAGUACCAUAACAUACAUGGACCUCAGCCAAUAUCAAGGUUCCCUGUUAUCGAUCUACCAUCAAGACUCAUAUUAGACAGUUUGAAAGAACUAGGACUGCCUGUGAGAGACGUCACUGCAGGCAACUUCCAAUACGCCGCCUUCCAGAUACAAGCUUUUGGUCAAGAUGGAGAAAGAGCAUCCACUUACACAGCCUAUAUCCAAUCAGUCAGAUACAAACGUAAAAACUUAAUAAUAAAACCCAAUUCUGAAGUAACAAGUAUCCUCAUUGAUGACAAAAAGAGAGCAUACGGUGUUAGAUAUAUAAGAAAUGGUAAAAUUUAUACUGCUAAAGUGACAAAAGAUGUCAUUGUAAGUGCUGGAACGAUUAAUUCACCAAAAUUGCUCAUGCUCUCAGGAAUAGGUCCAAAGAAGCAUCUAGAGGAAGUCAAUAUUCAUGUAAAACAAGAUUUACCUGUUGGAGAAAAUUUGCAGAACCAUGUCGGUAUGAGUGGAUUGCUUAUUGCAUUUGACAAUAUAACUUCUCCUUUAGUUAGUCAAUCGGAGAUGAUAGCGUUAUUGAGAGAAUACAAACAGAUGGAAGUUAAGAGAGGUCCUUUAUCAUCAACUGGUAUUUACAAUACACACGGAUUCAUGAAGUCGCAUGAAAGCCUGCGAGCUCCUGACAUACAGAUACAAAGCUACCAAGUGUUAUUGAACGACAUAAUGUCAGAUCCUGAACCGUUUGAAAGGUUGAAGAUAUUCCCUAACAGUAUUUAUGAUGCGAUUUCAAUCAGAGCUCAAAACAUAGCGCCGAAAAGUCGUGGAUGCGUGUUACUUAAUGCUACAAACCCGAAUGGACCCCCGCUACUAUAUGCGAAUUAUUUAGCUGAUCCUAAAGACAUCAUACCAAUGCAAAGAGGUGUCCAAUUUCUUAAAAACUUAGAGUCUACUCAGCCAUUCAUCUCAGGUCGAGCGAGAUUCGUUAGAUUUGUGUAUCCUGCAUGCGAAGAUACUGAUUGGGGGACAGAUGAAAACACGGAAUGUAUGGCAAGACAUUACACUUAUGUUUUAGGUCAUCAAGUUGGUACUUGCAAGAUGGGCAUAGAGACAGACCCUACGGCGGUCGUUGACCCAAGAUUGAGGGUAUAUGGCAUAGCAGGUUUAAGAGUGAUAGAUAAUUCUAUAAUGCCUCAAGUGACUAGAGGAAAUACAAAUGCUCCAGCAGUUAUGAUUGGUGAGAAAGGAGCAGCUAUGGCCAUUGAAGAUUGGUUACAUAAUUAUUCUUCUGGUAAUAUGGGAAAUGUGGGAAAGGCAUAA